UCUCUGUAGUUAAUGGUGUACAGCAGUCAGUCAGCAUCUCCUUCACAACUGACAGAUUCAACAUGUGGCCAGCAAAACUUCUACUACUAAAACUUCUGUUCCUACUGGUUAUAUUUGUAGAGGGAAAAGGAAAGAAACGCAACACUCUACAUGACUACAGAAAGACUGCCGACACCACUUUAACCAAACAUAACAACGCACACGAGGUGAAAACAAAAAUUUUCAACACCACCGAAAACUGCGCUAAGAGAUGUAGCAGAAAUAAAGGACUUUCUUUUACAUGCAAGGCAUUUGCUUUUGAUAAAAGAACAAAGAGGUGCCACUGGUUCUCAUUCAAUAGUGUGUCAACCGGUAUAAAGAAGAAAUAUGACAACACAUUUGAACUUUAUGAAAAGAAAGAUUAUAUCAGAGACUGUAUUCAUGGAAAGGGCAGUAAUUAUAAAGGCACCAGGAAUGUGACAAAGAGAGGGCUUGCAUGCCAGUCGUGGACUUCAAUGAUACCCCAUGAGCAUAGCUUUUUGCCUUCGAGCUAUCGAGGUAAAGACCUUAAGGAGAACUAUUGCCGGAACCCCAGAGGAGAAGAGGGAGGUCCUUGGUGUUUCACCAAGAGUCCAGAGGUUCGUCAUGAAGUAUGUGGCAUCCCGUUUUGCUCAGAAGUGGAAUGUGUGUCUUGUAAUGGCGAGCACUACAGAGGGCCAAUGGACUAUACAGAGUCAGGAAAAGAAUGUCAACGUUGGGAUCUACAAAGACCGCACAGGCAUAAAUUUCGUCCAGAGAGAUAUCCUAAUAAGGGACUGGAUGAUAAUUACUGCCGAAACCCGGAUGGCAAGUCUAGGCCGUGGUGUUACACGCUUGACCCCGAGACCCCCUGGGAGUUCUGUGCAAUUAAACCCUGUGCAUAUAGCAUUGUGAACAAUACAGACCUUACUAUAGACUGUAUAAAAGGUCAAGGGGAAGGAUACCGUGGUACCGUAAGAACAACAUACAAUGGAAUUCUUUGUCAGAGGUGGGAUUCCCAAUUUCCACACGAGCACAACUUUACGCCAGAGAACUACAAAUGCAAAGAUUUGAAUGAAAACUAUUGUCGAAAUCCUGAUGGUUCAGAGUCACCGUGGUGUUUUACUACAGAUCCAAAUGUUCGAAUUGGACACUGCUCGCAUAUACCUAAAUGUGAAGUUUCUAAUCAGCAAGAAUGUUAUUAUGGGAAUGGUGUUACCUACAAGGGUACUUUAUCUAGAACAAGAUUCAGGGUGCCUUGCUCCAUGUGGGAUAAGAAUAUGGCGGAUUUAAGAAGGCAUACAUUUAAGGAACCUGAUGUAUCUAUACUUGAAAAAAACUACUGCCGGAACCCUGACAAUGAUGUCCAUGGACCAUGGUGCUAUACAGAUAAUCCUUUAAUACCCUGGGACUAUUGUUCUAUAUCCAGAUGUGAAGGGGAUGCAAGUCCUUUGAUGGCAAACCUGGAUAGCCCAGGCACCUGUGCAUCAACUAAACAAGUAAGAGUCGUGAAUGGAUCUCCAGCACAAACUAGAAAUGGUUGGAUGGUCAGUCUAAGAUACAGAAAUGAACAUAAGUGUGGAGGAUCUCUUAUAACAGAGAAUUGGGUUUUAACAGCAAAGCAGUGUUUCCUCUCUGGGGAUAUUGACAUCAAGGAUUAUGAAGUAUGGCUCGGGACCCACAAUAUUUAUAGCACAACAGAAAAACAUAAACAAGUUAGGAACAUUUCGCAGGUGGUUCAUGGGCCAAAAGGAUCACAUUUAGUUCUUCUAAAACUUUCCAGGUCUGCAGUCCUAAAUGCCAAUGUAAGCCAAAUUAAACUGCCAAAUUAUGGGUGCAAGAUUCCAGAGAAGACAAAGUGUAACGUGUACGGAUGGGGACACACUGGGACAAACAAUUAUGAUGGCCAACUUCAUCAAGGAAAUCUCCUUAUUGUAGGAAAUGAGAAAUGCAAUCAGUACCACAAGGGGAAAGUUACUGUCAAUGAAUCUGAAAUAUGUGCCAUGAGUGAAAGCUCCAACGUAGGACCCUGUGAGCGAGAUUAUGGUGGCCCUCUGGUAUGUGAAGAAAACAGGACAGACCUAAUGCAAGGGGUGAUUAUCCCAGGACGUGGCUGUGCUAUCCCAAACCGCCCAGUCAUCUUUGUGAGAGUGGCGUACUAUGCAAAAUGGAUCCACAAAAUUGUAUUGACAUAUAAAACCCCACAGUUAUAAUCAAGUUGUUUUUGGAGGAUAAUGGCUAUCCUGGUAAUUAUGUAUAUAUAAAUCUUACUUGAUGGUCAAGUUUUUUCACAAUUUUUAUUUUAUUUAUGGGCAUGUUGUCUUACGUGUUGCGUUCAUGUUGGAUGAACAGUGGUAUGUAAAUGUGUGUUGACAUAUAUCCUGAUUAUACUUGAACGAUUUAUUUCUGAAAACAUAUCUUAUGCUGCUCUGGUUCAUCUUUCUUAAUGAACCCACAUUUUACACUGUUUUAUUAUUACUUUAUUUCAUGGAAAAAUAGAUACAAUGGGUAGAAUAUUUAGGUGCAUACCAAACAUUUCAUGGAAAAAUAGAUAUAAUAGGUAGAAUAUUUAGGUAUAUUCCAAACAUGUUAUGAUGAUCAGUUAUUAGAAAUUAACAAAAAAUAAAAGUAGAAAUCAAAUUAUUGUUGAAUUUAAAAGGGACCCCGUCACCUGAGCAAUGUCAACUACUAAAGGGGACCAGCAGCAUUGGAAGCAAGUAUAGAUCUUAAGAAGAAAAACACCUUAAAAUAUCAGCAACAUUCCCUGUAUUUUGUUUUAAAGACAAAGCACAAAAUGAUGCACAUGCAAUGGUUAAUAUCAGCAUGUAUGGGAUCGAUAAAUGUUACCCC